AUGGACGUCCAUAGAAUCGGACGACCAGGUUCAUGGUUUUUCGUUGACCAACUGGCACGAGCUGUUGACGCUGGCAUCAUUCCACCCGAUCGUAUACCUUGCGGCAUUAAGGAUUUGAUGGAUGAUCUCUGUCUCGCGUUACCGCAACGAUUACCCAUUUACCUGCUUUUGAUUAAAGCAUCCCGACAGCCUCCACCUUUACCGUUUUUCCUCGCUGUUAGCCAGCUGAUUGUUCGAGAAAACAUUCAAAUCGUAGAACGAGAAGUAGAAGCUAUUGGUAUCAUUUUGAAAACCGCAGACCCUCUGACCCUUUGCGGAUCAUGGGCAGAUAUUGAAGGAGAUCUAUCCCCUUAUCAUACAGCUUGGGCUGAAUUUUACAAAACAAAACGUCGAAAGACUCCUCAAGAUGUGGUGGAAUUGGCUUACCAUUUGGCACAUUCAAGUAAGUAA